AUGUAUGAUCGUAGGAGAUAUGAAAUUGAGCUUAUUUUGCAAAAGAACAUUAUUUAUUUAGAACGUUGGUCUAACUUUACAGCCCAAGAUAGAGUACGUGCAAAACUAUGUGCCCAUCUAAUUUCCAUGACUGUUCAACUCAAACACCUUUCUAUUGCAAAAUUUCAAUGGCUUUUAUAUAUUACUGAAAAUACUUUUGAUGACUUAAAAGAAAAUGCUCUGAGUACUGUUCGACAUGCUGAAUUUGGUAUUCCAAGUUGUAAUUUUGCUGCAAAUGAAUCAGCUCAUAUUGGCAAACGGCUCAUACCAUUUCUUAGCACUUAUAUGUCUCAUUUACAAACAUUACGUCUUUGGAGACCUGAUGAUUUUCCUUGGACAUCAAAGCAACAUGCAAUUGUUUUUCAAGAUGAUCUUUCUCAAUUAAUUAAACAAUUAAAACAUUUUGUGUUUCUCGAUAUUUACGGUCUAAUUUCUUUUAAAAGAGUCAAAUCUUAUCGUUUAAUGGUACAAACUCGCUUUCCAAAUAGUCGAUCUGAUGUUCAAAUAUCAAGAUUCCGUCUUUGGGUGUAA